GAAGAUUGUUGCCGUCGGUUCAUAAUGUCUAGGGUUUCAGAAAUUUGGUGAAGGGGGAAAGAAAUAUAAUGGUUCAUUCACAAAUAGAUUAUUAUUAUUCAAUAUAUUUUAUGGCAAAACAAUGCUCCCUGACCGUGCUUCCUUAGAUCCGCGACGUCGCAAGAAAUCGGAGCCCUUGGUUGUUGGCAAUUACGUCAAGACUCGGGCGGCGGUAGCUAGGGCGGCUGCCGAAGCUAAGGCCGAGGCGGAUGCGGUUGCGGUUGCGGUUGUGCACGGAGUGAAGCGACGUCAAGUUGGGAGGUUACCUGCGACUAAGAAGCCCAAGGAGCCAGAGGUGAUCGUGAUCUCGGAAAAUAAUCGAUUCGAACAGGGAGGAGCAAAAGAAGAAGAUAAAGCGGUAAAGCCCGAGACCAUGGGAGACGAGAGUGGUGGUUUGAGUGCUAAUAAGGCAACUGGGAAGGAAGAAGAGGGCAAUACCACGCCUUUCCCUGAUCGGGUUCAAGUAGGAGGUUCACCGAUAUAUAAGGUUGAGAGGAAAUUGGGGAAAGGUGGUUUCGGUCAGGUAUUUGUUGGUCGUCGUAUGUCUGCAGGUUCAGGACCGGUUGAGGUGGCAUUGAAAUUUGAGCAUAGAAAUAGCAAGGGCUGUAGUUAUGGCCCUCCAUACGAGUGGCAAGUGUACAACACUCUUGGAGGUAGUCAUGGAGUUCCUAGAGUACAUUUUAAAGGGAAGCAAGGGGACUAUUAUGUGAUGGUUAUGGACAUUCUCGGCCCUAGCUUGUGGGAUGUAUGGAAUACUUCAGGACAAGCGAUGUCAACAGAAAUGGUUGCAUGUAUUGCAGUUGAGUCAUUAUCCAUCCUAGAGAAGAUACAUGCAAAAGGUUAUGUGCACGGAGAUGUAAAGCCAGAGAAUUUCUUGCUUGGCCAGCCAUCAACCGCCCAAGAGAAGAAGUUGUUUCUUGUUGAUCUUGGAUUAGCAACUAAGUGGAGAGACAGCACUAGUGGGAAUCAUGUUAGCUACGACCAACGUCCUGAUCUGUUUAGGGGAACUGUUCGGUAUGCUAGUGCACAUGCUCAUUUGGGAAGAACAGCCAGCAGGCGAGAUGACCUAGAAUCACUUGCAUAUACACUUAUUUUUCUUCACAGAGGCAGGUUGCCAUGGCAAGGAUUUCAGGGUGAUAACAAGUCAUUUCUAGUGUGCAAGAAAAAGAUGGCCACAUCUCCUGAAAUGAUGUGCUGCUUCUGCCCUGCGCCAAUUAGGCAUCUUCUUGAGUAUGUGGUGAACAUGAAAUUCGACGAAGAGCCCAACUACUCUGUGAUGAUCGGAAUGUUUCAUUCUCUAAUUGCACCAAAUCCUGCUGUACGACCUAUCAACACUGAUGGUGCACAAAAGGUUAUCGCUCAUGUUGGUCAAAAACGAAGUAGAAUCAUUGAACCAGAAGAUGAUUCUGCUAGGAAGAGGGUUCGCUUGGGGGUACCUGCUACCCAGUGGAUAUCAGUUUAUAAUGCCAGACCACCUAUGAAACAGAGGUAUCACUACAAUGUGGCUGAUGAAAGAUUAGCCCAGCAUGUGGAAAAAGGAAACACAGAUGGUCUACUCAUUAGCUGUGUGGCAUCUUGUUCCAGUCUGUGGGCUCUUAUUAUGGACGCUGGAACUGGUUUUAGGUCCCAGGUGUAUCAGCUCUCACGUUUCUUUUUGCAGAAGGAAUGGAUCAUGGAACAAUGGGAGAAGAAUUUUUACAUUAGUUCCAUUGCAGGUUCCACUAGUGGAGGCUCCCUUGUGGUUAUGUCUAAAGGCACUCCAUAUUCUCAACAGUCCUACAAAGUAGGCGACUCCUUUCCAUUCAAGUGGAUAAGCAAGAAAUGGAAAGAAGGUUUUCAUGUCACCUCCAUGGCAACUGCUGAUAGUAAGUGGGCUGUUGUUAUGUCUCGAAAUGCAGGCUUCAGUAGUCAGGUGGUUGAACUGGAUUUUCUAUAUCCAAGUGAGGGCAUCCACAAAAGAUGGGAUAACGGUUUUAGAAUUACAUCAGCAGCCGCCACAUCUGAUCAAACUGCUCUUAUACUGAGUGUUCCCAGACGCAGGCCCUCCGAUGAAACUCAGGAGACUCUCCGAACAACUCAGUUCCCAAGCACACAUGUAAAGGAGAAAUGGGAGAAGAAUCUUUAUCUGUCAUGCAUUUGCUAUGGAAGGACCGUCUCUUAACUAAUUGUCCUCCUAUUUAUCCUCUCCGAACAUUUUACAUGUUACCCCUUUUGUGUCGUAUACAUUUGCAAAAAGGAAGAAUGGUUUAUCUGACUUCCAGUUGCAUUCUAUCUUAAGUUUCUGGCAAUAAUGAAAGUGUAGAGGAAAAUUACUAUUUAAGUUUUAAAACAAACUGCCUGCCAAAACAAUGUAACUUUAUGUUUUCAAGAUCUUCCCAAGUUUUUGGAUUUUGUGAACACUUGUACUACAUUAUUAUAAAUGUUCUUUCCAUAUUCUUCCAGCAA